ACCGAUGCGGUUUAGAUUUCGUUUUUCUACUUGUUCACGACACAGCAAAAGUAGUUCCACAACUGCGCAAAUGUUCACAAUUUGAGAUUCACGCAUGGAUUAACUCAGGAUGUUGAUGACUCACGGAGGGGACGCAUAGGGAAACGGACCCUGCUUAUAUAAAGAGGAGUCGAACUGGGGUCCCGGAGACCCCCGGAGACUCACAGGGAGACGCGGGGAGACUCAGAUAGCGGGUGAGGAGGUGAGGAGAGGUGACCCUGGACGCGAGGAGAGGCGAGGAGAGGAUGGGAGCCGCCGCCGCGGAGUGGAUCAGUCUGGGUGGCCAAGAGCUGCUGCUGAGCAAUGUCACGGAGCCGUCAUCCAGCCGACGCUGCCUGAGUCCCACCGGGGAGUACAGCCUCGGCCAGGAUGGCGAGGCGAAACACAAGAUGCCAUGCUGCUUGAUGUCCGUGCUCACUGUGCUCUUUGUACUGAGUGGAGUUUCAUUCGUCGCUUGCGGAUUCCUCUACUAUGAACGAUUCUUCACUCAAAACACUCCACCGAAAAAUUUACCAUCGGGAGUUUUUGGGAUUGAUAUAAUGCCAAGAGGUGACAUGAAUAAUCACUCUGAAUCUUCUCAUCAUGCUUUAAACACAGAUUUAGAGCUGUCUGUGGAAGAGAGAAUACAUCAACUAACAGUGGAAAUGGAAGCUCUAACAUUCAAGCUUUCUAACAUUCAAGAGCUGAAAGGAGAGGCCGGUUUGCCAGGUCUUGCAGGGCCCCAGGGAGAGCCUGGGAGACCUGGACCACCAGGCAGCCCUGGGCCAAUGGCCGAGAGAGGCAGCAAGGGGGAAACAGGUGAAAAGGGCAGUGUGGGAGUACCAGGCCUUCCAGGCACAAAAGGAGAGAAGGGUUCCCUUGGAGAUCCUAGACUGCACGGUUUGCCUGGACCGAAGGGCGAUGCAGGAACAAAUGGACAGCACGGCGAAAAGGGCGAACGGGGUUCCAUGGGUUCUCCAGGGGUCAAAGGUGACACUGGGGAACGUGGAUUAAGCGGGGCCCCAGGUGUGCAGGGGAGCAAAGGGGAAGCUGGCGCCCCAGGAGCAGCAGGGCCCCGUGGAGCUCCUGGGAGUGUGGGAUUACCUGGCAAUCCGGGGCUCAAAGGAGAGGGGGGUCCAUCGGGGGUGAGCGGACUGCGGGGGGAGCCUGGACCAAAGGGAGACGCUGGUGUGAAAGGACAUCCCGGAGAAAAGGGUGUCCAGGGUGGAGUUGGUCUCUCUGGCCUCAAAGGACAGGCAGGGGAACGCGGAGAGAACGGCACUCCAGGUGCCAAGGGGGACAAAGGGGAUGCUGUUGUGGGGCAGGCUGGACCUGCCGGCCCACGUGGACCCCCUGGACUACUUGGUGAAAAGGGCAUGGUGGGAGUGCCAGGCCUUCCAGCCACAAAAGGAGAGAAGGGUUCCAUUGGAGAUCCUGGACUACGCGGUUUGCCUGGACCGAAGGGUGAUGCAGGAACAAAUGGACAGCGCGGUGCAAAGGGCGAACAGGGUUCCAUGGGUUCUCCAGGGGUCAAAGGUGACACGGGGGCACGUGGAUUAAGCGGGGCCCCAGGUGUGCAGGGGAGCAAAGGGGAAGCUGGCGCCCCAGGAGCUGCAGGUCCCCGUGGAGCUCCUGGGAAUCCUGGGCCGAUGGGAUCUCAGGGAGAGCGUGGCCCGAUAGGGCCUCAGGGCUUGCCUGGUCCACAGGGAGUAUAUUCACAUGCACAUAUGGUGCGGCUGACCGGUGGUCAGGGCAGGCACACUGGGCUCUUAGAGGUGCUUCACAAUGGAGAGUGGGGCACCGUGUGCGAUGAUAAAUGGGACAACGGAAACAACAUCCUGGUGUUGUGCCGCAUGCUGGGGUUCCGAGGGGCAGGCCAGAUGCAGAAAUAUGGAGCUGGCAGUGGCCGCAUCUGGUUGGACGAUGUGAAUUGCGCUGGUGACGAGAUGAGCUUGCUCCUCUGUCCAGCCCGUGAUUGGGGGAAUCACAACUGCAAUCACAAUGAGGAUGUCGGAGUCAGGUGCGAAAUUUAAGACGUGUCAAAUUAGCAACAGGAAAAAGGUGUACAGCAUCGCAUGUACAAAGCUCUCAGCCUUAUCAAGACCACCAGCUCAAAAAUAAACGGAAUGUGGCAAUAUAUUAUUCCAAAAUAAUAUGGCUUUUGCAUUCAUUAACCACUUAUACACAAACAUAAUCUUAAACCUAUUCAAAACAUCAAAUACAAAGCACUGAAGGAAAAUAGGGGGGGGGAGGAUGAAGGCAAAUAAUUAAAUACAAUGACACAGCAGUCUGCUCUCACACUCGCCCACCACCAUUAUCUAAGAAUCGGCCUCCUUCACCAACAGUCAAUAGCAUCGUUCAUAAUCAUCAGCCAUGAUAAUUCCACAAGCUGCUGCUACUUCCCAUGAUUGCGCCAUCUCAUUGGCGAAUGUCCCGUCAGACGCGUUCCAUUCCUUGGCUGCCACUCUAUGAUUUAUUCUUGACCGCCGUCAAUCAUCCCUUCUAGUUGUGACUCAUCCUGCCCAAGCCCACUCACUUUUCUUUAGAAUCUGGGUGCCAUUAAACAGCGUACAUUCUAUACGCAUUGUUUUUUUUCGGUAAAGUCACGUACGUAGAAACAAAAUAAAAUUUAACUAAAUUAAAUUAAAAUAAAUCACGUUUCGAACGCAACACAAGCGAUCAUCAUCAGGUGUAAAACAAAUAGCGAGGGAACACAUAGGGGGACAUCACGCACAUAGAGAACGUUAAACUGCACGCAGGCAAAUACAAGAUGAGACGAAAACUCAACAAAGCUAAGAAAAAUAAUGUGAUGCAAAACCAGUCGACCAACAACACAGACACUGACCUGGUUGACCGCGUACGUUCUCUACUCCAUGUGUGCCUCUUCUGUCUCUGUGUGAUUCCAAGCAUGCGUCUCUCCGUGCUUCUUCAUGCACUUUUCAGUUUUUGUUAAAUAUGUUUUGUUAAUGACUGCGUUCAAUCAAACCUGUACAUAAAAAAAACCAUUACAGAAUAACAAUAACCAUGCUCUAUGGAAUAUUUUAGAUUUCGGUAUGUAGGUGGUAGCACAUGGCAUUCAUCAAUACUUUCAACGCAUUAAUGUUUAUACUCUAUUCAAUCAUAACAUUACAUUUUUGUUAAAAUGUUAAUGCCGCAUGUGUAUUUCAAACAACAGUGUAAUGAUGUUAACCCAUGCGUUACCAAGAGAAGAAAUGGUCCAAUUCAUUUAUGGCGUAACAGCAGGAUGCCGUGACAUUUCACCGACAAGCUGCAUAUUAUCUGCAUAAGCAUGUUUUUCCAACUUCGCAUUUUUUGUAAAACAAUCACCGAUGCGAUGAGACGCAUCGCAGCUCUUUCCACUUCCUCAUCAUGGUUGCUGCCAGCAAAUUCGAAAGCAGAUUUACUUCCCAUUGCAGCCUGAUAAUUAUGUAGGGAUUACUGUGCUGUAAAUGUAAUAAAAACACCAUGGUAGCGGUGCAGUCCUGAAAUUGUUUGCUCACGCCACUGCUGAAAGAAGGGCCUCAACCAGAGAACUCUAAAGGCUAUUUGCCUACUCUUCCAUGGUGACCUUGGAAGAGCACACACCAUGGAAUUUCCCAGUUUAAACUGCACACACCCUCAACUUCCAUCCGCAAUGUUCUUGCCUAAUCAUACAAGGCAUGCCUUUACACUCAUGACUCAGAUUUCUUUGAGUGCAAAAGAGACAACUUGCGUUAUGCAACAAGCAAAUCCGCCGCCAUACACGUGUAUGCUUUUAGUACAUAUAGACACACACACACACACGAGUCUUCACGUGUAAUCAUUACCUUGAUGGUAAAAAAGGCAUUCAACAUUUUACAAUUUAUUAUGUUAAAGAAACUGCCAUAACAUUCACAACCAAAUGCCACCUCCUGUUCUCUUAUACAUCCUUCAUUAACUCACGAAAUAUCAUUGCCUCUUUGCAAGGGUGAUCUAGGUAUCAUCCAUAUUAUGGAUAUUGGUCGCGAAAGCCUACGGGUUAAACUGAUCUGGGUUACAUAAGUAACAAUUUAAGAACACAACAUAAAAAAACCAUUUAACCAACUUUAACAAUAUAUGAGAACAGAAUAUUAUAAAGUCAUUUUCACGUUAAUUAAAUAUUUGCAUUACAGUACAGUUCAAUAUUGUGCAGUAUAUUGUACAGCAUUCAAGCAAGUCAUGUUUCUGUUAAAGGCACAGUUGAUUGUUAAUUUUACAGAUAACUACCGUGCGAAGAUGUUUAAUAACGCAUUUUUUUUGUAUUGUUAAUUAACGUAAUGUGAAAUAUAAUUAUUUUGGACAACCUUUCAUGUUCAGCAGAUUUCACAUCCAGUAUAUUAUGAUUACAAAUAAAUAAAAAAUUGCCAAAUGUAUUUGAAUUCGUGUUGGAUGUGAGUUACAUCCGUCCAGUGGGCAGUAUCCGCAUGUAACUAUUUUAACAAUAUUAAAAAAUAUAUAUUUCAAAAGAUUCAUAA